AGUUCCACGACCCCGACUCGGCCGUGGUGGCCCAGCACCUGACAAACACUGUGUUCGUUGACAGAGCCCUCAUAGUCGUUCCCUAUGCUGAAGGUUUGUAACUUGUUUGAUGUUCUAUGGGGCCACCCUUGGGUGGUGGUUGAUUCCUGUCUAGUGCACAAAAAUUAACAGUAGUCCAAUGUCAAACACGUCAGAGACCGCCAUUCUGAAACCCUUGGUAUAUUGCCUUUGGCCCCUGGAUUUGAUCCGUUUAUUUACAUAGUGACACCAAAGUGGAAAGUUUUGUGUGUCUUAAAAGUGUAGAAUAAUAACAUUUUAGGCAGAAUUCUAUGCAAAUUUUGCUCUGUGUCAGUCUCAAUGAGACAUUUUCCCAAACAGACUGUAAUGCAAACAGGUCAAUAUUUUAAGGAAAUUGUACCUUAAUAAUUGUUCGCCACUUUCACUCUCUUCAUGAGAAUGGUUUCUCCCUCCCCGAGAGUGCAUGGGAGAGGAAUUAACAUUCCUUUGGGAUAUGCUGCCACUACAUUUAUUUGGGAACAGCCCCAAAAAAAGGCCCUCACUCUCCUUGUGGAGUCCAGUAUACCAAGGGUUUGAAUAAUUACGGUUUAAUUCAAAAGUGACAACUUCCAAGAGGUGCCACAUGGGCACUGGUCCUAGUUUUUAAUUCCAAGUUUUCUUGUUCAUCCUUGAUAUAUUUAAUAGAAUUUCACUAAAUAAUAAACUCUUCUCUCUGUUAUUUGUGUGUGUGAUUUUUGUAGUGGAGAAGGCAAAUGCAAAGCCCUUCCAGAUGACUGAAAAACAGUGGGUCCUCUGCAGCUACAGGGGAUUCUAGCCAUUAACUAAAGGCCAGCAAGCACUCAAGUCCCCAAGUGUUUUCCUGGUGUAACCACUUGUUAACUACAUUUUCUCUUCUUCUUUUUAUUUUUACAUUUUAGGGUGUUACAGUAAUUUGAAAGGCAAUGAGCAGGGUUUUUGGAACUUACCUUAAAAGCAAAGUGCUGAGAAGACACCUCUUCUUACAGAAGUCUUAUUAAACUCUUCUAGACUUGCUUUAGAAGUAACUGAUUUCCAUUGUACUUGUGCAUUUCUUGAUUUUCUUCUGGGAAAGAUUGCAUUUAAUAAAAUCUUGCAGAUUAAGUCAUACUACAGUGCUAAGUUUGGUACAUGGCCUGGGUUCACACCUGUAAUCUGUCACACUGGAGCUGUCUCUUGAGGCCUGGGGAGCUGUCUUAUCUUAUCUUUGUAUUCCUUAAGCUUAAAAGAUACGAAACUUAAACUUAAAAGAUGUCCAACUUAAUUCCUGGAGUGUAGGAAUGUGCAGUGUGGCCUCUGAUUGAGCCCUGCUGCUUCCUGAGGGCACAGAACCCCUUCUGUAAUGGAGUUACUGCUCCUGCUGCCACUACUUGAGAAUAGCAGAGCUGAAAGGCUUCUUGUCCCUGUGUGGGUAUUAAACACAGCAACAGUCCAGUGGGAUGGUGCUGCAAUAUUCUCCAAGGCCCAUGGGAAUAAUGCCAGUGUUUAACUCUUCCUACAAGGAUGAACCCACUUUUCUCUUUGUCAGUCUGACUUUGUCCACUGUGGAUAAAUCUGGCACUCAGAGAAACCCACCCAGCAGCUUUGCUUCAGAAAAUCAAAUUAUUAAAGUAGAAUAUUUUACUGGGCCUGUUAAGGAGUCACUCCUGGGCUGUACCUUGUGUUGUUUAACAGUUCAGAAUUUAAUGUCCUUGGCACAUCACUAGAGAGAUGUUCAGCCAAUGAAGUACUGCCCCUGGGUUGAUAAUCCCAUACUUCUGUCCCUGUGCUGGAGCACAGUAUUCCCCAGAAAUUCAGCCUGCCAGGGUCCCAACUGAACAAGAAGCAGCAUUUCCCCAACCCACAGUGCCACUGCUGAUGUGCUUAAAGCCAGGCAUGUGCUGAAUGGGGCCCUCCUCUCUGGUUUCUGCUGUGCUAAUGAACCUGUGUGAUUAUUGCCUGUCACUAAAGCAAAUGUUUAUUAUCUGUUUAGUGCAAUAAUUCCCCCCCUGUCCCAAGUUUUAGCUCACACAGACACUUUGGUGUUGGCUGUUGCUUUGUGUUAUAGAACUAUACACAAAGGCUACGGUAAGGUUUAGUAUUUGUCAUUUUCUCUGGGCUAAUUCCUAGAUUUGGAAGGAUCUCUUAAGGUUAAAGAUGGCUGGGGGGGGUGUUUAGGUUCUUUGGUUAAUGUUUGUUUCUUUUGUCUGUUUCUUUUUCUUUCAUUUCUACACAUUCAUGCAGUAUUUCAUGGUUCUAACAAAGCAGCAGUAAAAAAAGCUCUUGAAGCAUGAAAAUUAACUGGUGAGGGGCCUCAUUGCUUUUUUUAAAUUGUAGUUUAUUUAAAUACUUUUUAAAGAAACAAUUAGAGGAUCAGAUGCAUGAAUUUUUUUUUAAUGGAUGCAGAUCUUCUAUGAGGUGUCUCGAGCUAAGUCUGAGGAUUUGUAUUUAGAUGCCAGAAAUGUUGUAGUUGCACUGAUUUGAAAUGUUUAGCUGUAAUUGAUAAAUAUCCUCUUGAGACAUAAUUUUGCAUGCCAAAUGACCCCAUAAUCUCUCUGUAGGUAUGUUGAUAUAUUUAUGCAUUCCUGCCCUUUGCCUCCAUGACCUUUUUCCCCUGUCCCUCCAUAACUUUGGGUAUCUAAAGUGCUGCCAGCUCAGUGCCACGAGCCAGAUAUCAGUGCUGUGUAUUGUACAUUUGUGUAGAUUAUCGGCACUUCUCAGUAUAGGUGGGAGGAACCAUUACCUUUAUUUAACAGUGGUUUUUCUUUUUUGUUGUUGUGUUUUACAGUUCUUUUCCCUGGUUCAGCCUGAACUAUAUACCAGGCCCUGCUGAAAAUACCACCCAACAGUUUUCUUCUGCAGCUUAUCCAGUUUCUCUUAAGUGCCCUGUACAUAUUGUAUGUUUUAUGAUGAGAUGCAGUUUCUUAAUAUGUAUUACAGAAACACUACUGGUAUUUGCAAAUAUAUAGUAAAAUUGUUUUAUUGAACUCUCAUUUUGGGGGCUUGGGCACAUUAACAAAUUAAUCCAUCUGUAUAGGGCUUUUGCUGUUGGAUAGAGUAAAACUCCCUCCACAAUUGUUUGUAGUAGGGCCCUGAGCACUCUGUGUGCAGAGCAGGCAGUGAAAUAACCCCUGGUCUUAGCUGGCUGCAAGACUUUGGGCCACAAGUCCCCUCUGCCACGGCAGGUGGCAGCAGCAUUGUUGGUACUCUAAGCUGGCACAUAUUGGAACAAAUGCAUUUUACUGCACAGGUAAGGAAUGUGCCAGCAUCCCUGUGUGUAUCCCAGCCACAGACACACCCCCAGCAUUCCCGGAGAGCCGCAGGGACCGCAUUCCAUGUGACACGUCAGCAAAAGCCCUACCAAAAACACCCAUCCCUUCUCUUUAAGUUUGCCAAAAUUUGUAUGGUAGGUGUAAAAGAAAACAUAGUGAACUGUACCAUAUUAUUAACCCCUAAAUCCAACUUUUUUUGUCUUGUGUAUCUUGAUUUUUCUGUGUGCUUUGUAGUGAAGCAGCCGACACGAGUCGUUGUUCAUAAAACAGCUUUUGAAAGUUGAGAGCACUCUCACCCCUGGAGAACCGACUGUGCUUGCUUACGUUUGGUUCAUGACUUAAAAAUCGAGUACAGGUGAUGAAACCUUGGCAGUGUUAACAACAAAGUAGUGUGUAUUGUGCUAUUUUUUUGCUCUAGAAACUUAACCUUUUGUAGAGAAAAAGGAACAGUCAAAUUGUCACCCAUUGAAGUUGCAUUCUGACAAAAAAAGUUAAUGCUAAAUAUUAAUAGCCAUCAAGCUUUGUAUUUUAGCCAGCAUAAGUACUUUCAACAAACUCAGGUGGUGUAUCAGGGAGACUUUGCUGGGUGUAUUUGUGUAUUUGGUGCCUCUGGGCUGGGAUGCACUCUAAUGCCAGGCUGUUUCCCUGCAGGAGUCAUUCCUGAUGAGACUAAGGCUUUGUCUCUCUUGGCACCAGCUAAUGCCGUGGCAGGGCUGCUGCCCGGGGGUGGCCUGCUGCCCACUCCCAACCCUCUCUCUCAGAUUGGUGCUGUCCCUUUAGCUGCUUUAGGAGCUCCUGCUCUCGACCCUGCCCUUGCUGCUCUUGGGCUUCCUGGAGCAAACCUGAACUCCCAGUCUCUCGCAGCAGAUCAGCUCCUAAAACUGAUGAGCACAGUGGAUCCAAAGUUGAACCAUGUGGCUGCAGGUCUUGUGUCCCCCAGUCUGAAAUCAGAUACCUCCAGUAAAGAAAUAGAAGAGGCCAUGAAGAGAGUCCGAGAAGCACAGUCCUUAAUUUCUGCUGCUAUAGAGCCAGACAAAAAAGAUGAAAAACGAAGACAUUCAAGGUCGAGGUCGCGCUCGAGGAGGAGGAGGACACCUUCCUCAUCCAGACACAGACGCUCCAGGAGCAGAUCAAGGAGAAGGUCCCAUUCCAAAUCCAGAAGCAGGAGACGAUCCAAAAGUCCGAGGAGAAGGAGAUCUCAUUCCAGAGAGAGGAGCAGGAGGUCUCGGAGCACAUCCAAAACCAGGGAUAAGAAGAAGGAAGAGAAAGAAAAGAAACGUUCUAAAACUCCCCCCAAAAGCUACAGCACAACCAGAAGAUCCAGAAGCACAAGCAGAGAACGGCGGCGCAGGCGGAGCCGGAGCGGGACACGGUCCCCGAAAAAGCCCAGGUCUCCCAAACGGAAAAUGUCCCGGUCCCCGUCACCCAGAAGGCAUAAAAAGGAAAAGAAGAAGGAUAAAGACAAGGAGAGGAGCAGAGACGAGAGGGAGCGGUCAACGAGCAAGAAAAAGAAGAGCAAAGACAAGGAGAAGGAUCGAGACCGGAAAUCCGAGAGUGACAAGGAUGUGAAACAGGUCACAAGGGACUACGAUGAGGAGGAACAGGGCUACGACAGCGAGAAGGAGAAGAAGGAGGAGAAGAAGGUGGCGGAUGCUCCCUCUCCCAAAGGGAAGGAGCCCGGAGCCGAGAAGGGCAGUGGGGAUCCCGGCAGGGAAUCCAAGGUGAAUGGGGACGACCACCACGAGGAGGACAUGGACAUGAGCGACUGAGCCUGCCCACAGCCCUCCACAGUGUGAUCCUUUAUGCUGUACUUGUUAAUCCUCAACCUAGAUGUAUCCAGCUCCGAGCUCUCCAUGGUCUGUCCAUCCCAAUACUAACUCACACCCAAAGCUUGAGACAGGGACCCCCUGCUCCAGGGACCCGCUGGGGCCGGGCCAGGCCGCACGUCCCUCCCCCAGCACGGGCUGGGCCACCCCUUCCUCCCUCCCUCCCUCCCUGCUUCCCUCCCUCCGGAGUGUCCUGGGCUGAGCCAGCAGGGCCCAGCAGUGUGGGAAUGCCCCGGGAGCGUGGCACAACUGCCCUGUCCUGCCACAGCGAUGUGGGAAUGUCCCAGGAGUGGGGGGAGUGUGGCACAGCCCCCCUGUCCUGUGGGAAUGCCCCAGGAGUAUGGCACAGCCUUCCUGUCCCAUGGGAAUGCCCCGGGAGUGUGGCACAGCCCCCCUGUCCUGUGGGAAUGCCCCGGGAGUGUGGGGAGUGUGGCACAGCCCCCCUGUCCUGUGGGAAUGCCCCAGGAGUGUGGCACAGCCUUCCUGUCCCAUGGGAAUGCCCCGGGAGUGUGGCACAGCCCCCCUGUCCUGUGGGAAUGCCCCGGGAGUGUGGCACAGCCUUCCUGUCCCAUGGGAAUGCCCCGGGAGUGUGGCACAGCCCCCCUGUCCUGUGGGAAUGCCCUGGGAGUGUGACACAGCCCCCCCGUCCUGCAGCCACCGAGGGGCUGCCAGGGCCUCCCGGACACUCUGGAAUUGGCCUUGGAUCGCACCAGCUCUUCACGCUCUUGGCUUUAGUUCUGGUUUUAAGCCACAUGCUGGGUUUGGUUGGGUUUGGUUUCCCAGUGGGUUUUGGUUGGCUUUGCCCAGGGUUCAGUGCCCCGACAUUCCUGAGGGCGCUCUCUCCACCGUGUCCCUUCCGCUCCGUCCGGGGCGAGCUGGAACGGGCUGACCUCGGGAAGGGGAAUCCUGCCCAUGUCCAGCGAGGGAGGUUGGGGGAGCAGCUUCACCCAGGGCUGGGGGCUCAGGAGCUCACCCGCUGCAGCAGGGAGUGCAUUUUAAAAUGACCUUGGUCUGUUUUUAAAGCAAGUCCAUUGACAAUGUACUUUUUACUUGAUCUCAAGUUGUACAAACAGAUGAAUUUGUGUUCCUGUCCCGGCCGUUCCCUCCCUCCCGCACUCAGUGAUCCCAUGGUAUUUGCAGAGUAGUUACCCAAAGCUGUUCCUUAGUUCCAGCAGCUCCAGAGCUUUUACUUUUGUGCAGGUAAAGAGACAAAAGUAGCCGACAGUCUGUGCCAUGUCGAUGUACAGUUUCGGAAAAUGUUUUACAAAACUUUGAUAAUAAAACCCUGAAACUUCA